CCGCACCCUAUCCUCUCCCCUCCCUCCUCGGCUCCGAGCAAUCUCCCCCCGCCCCCACCUGCCCACCUCUCCAUGCCGGCGCGCGCGGUAACACCUCCGUGAGUGCCCGCUUGUUCUCGUGGUAAAACACUAGCGGACCAGCGAGCGCCGAAGCUCUCUCUCGGUCUCUCCUCGCCCUCGUCAGUCUCCGUCUCUCUCUCUCUCUCUCUCUCCCGGUGGGCGGGCGUGUGGUGGCCAUAGCUUCCCUGCCUCCACUUGUCGUCUUCGUUUCCUCGGCUGAGCCUGGUAGUAGGCUCAGUCCAGUUCCUCGCGGCCGGCCUGCUACUGCGCGCACCAUGACCGCGACGCCGGCGAUGAUCGGGCUGAGCGCCGGCAAACGCCUCCUCGCCACCUCAUUCGGCAACACCGACCUCGCGCCCCCGGACGCGCACCCGUCGCUGCAGUUCGCGCCCGCCGCGCCCAAGCUCACCGUCGUCGCGCACCGCGCCUCCGCCUCCUCGUCGUCCUCAUCCUCGUCCCCCGCCGGCCACGCGCGCGCGCACGCCAUCCGGGCGCUCAGGAACCACUCCGCGCCCGCGCUCGCCCCGCCUCUGCCGCUGCCGCUGCCGCCUCCACCCGCGGCGGACCCGGCUCCGGAGCUGGACUCGGAGUUCGAGUUCGAGCUGGAGUCCUCGCUCGAGGCCAUCGUGCUGCUGCAGCGCUCCAUGCUCGAGAAGCAGUGGCAGCUCCCCUUCGAGGACGAGGACGAGGACGACGAGAGGCUUACCAAGGCCGCCGUGGUGGUGGCGCGGUCCGGCGUCUCGGCGCGGCAGCGGCGGAUGAGCGGCCGCCGGCGGGGACCUGGUCGGAAGAGCGUCACCGUCAGCCCGGAGCUGAUGCAGAGCCGGAACCGCAUCUACCUACGGGGCACCGUCAGUAAAGACCUCCUCACGCACAAGCAGGUCAUUCAGCUCUCCAGGAAGAUCAAGGACGGCAUCUGGCUUCAGCACCAAAGAUCAAAGCUCAAGGAGAAACUGGGGAAUGAGCCGUCAUACAAGCAGCUGGCGCAAUCACUGCAUAUAUCGCCCCCUGAACUGCGUGCAAGAAUGCGUGAGUCAUUUCUUGCGAGGGAGAUGCUGACAAUGAGCAACAUCCGUCUGGUGAUAUCCAUUGCUCAGAAGUAUGAUAACCUAGGUGUGGAGUUGGCAGACCUUAUUCAGGGUGGUCUGAUAGGUCUACUCCGUGGGAUCGAAAAGUUUGAUGCCUCAAGGGGAUUUAGGAUUUCCACCUAUGUGUAUUGGUGGAUUCGUCAGGGCGUUUCAAGAGCAUUGGCUGAUAACUCAAAGGCGUUCAGGCUCCCUACUUAUUUGCAUGAGAGGUUGAUUGCAAUUCGUGGUGCAAAGUAUGCGUUGGAAGAUCAAGGAAUUGCUCCGACAGUAGAGAACAUAGCAGAGUCGCUCAAUAUAUCGGAAAAGAAAGUGCACAAUGCUACAGAGGCUGUGAACAAGGUUCUUUCACUGGAUCAACAGGCGUUCCCCUCCUUAAAUGGCCUACCUGGGGACACACUCCAUAGUUAUAUAGAGGAUCAGAACGUCGCAAAUGAUCCAUGGCAUGGAUUUGAGGAAAGGUAUCUCAAGGAGGAAGUUAAUAAUCUUAUAAAUUCAACUCUCAACGAGCGUGAGAGGGAUAUUAUUCGAUUGUAUCAUGGCAUAGGAAAACAGUGCCAUACAUGGGAGGACAUCAGCAGACAAUUUGGGUUGUCGAGGGAGCGUGUGAGGCAAGUAGGACUCGUUGCAAUGGAGAAGCUGAAGCAUGCUGCAAGGAGGAAACAUUUGGAUGCAUUGCUUGAGGAAUAUUGAAUGAGAUGUUUUUCAUUUGAGUCGGUUCCACAGAUGCAGUGGUUGUAUAUACUCGGAAGCAUAGGGUACAUCAUCCUUGAAAAGGCUUUUACUGCCACUCACUCUGCAGAUAACUAUACAUGUACAUUUGUGACAAUUAAUAGGCAUGCAUGAUUCAGAUAUCUAUGGCUGCACAAUCAUCAAUGCGACCCAACAAAAAGAGAAGCUGUUUUUUCUUGGGAAGCUUCAUAAUUUUUCUGUAAUGUAUGUAUAUGCAAUGUACAUUUAGCACCUUAAUCAGUAGAGGAACAUUUAUGUCCUGGAUCUGUAUUCUUAUCCAGUUACAUUUACAUGAAACUGGAUAAGAAUACGGUGCCUACGAAAUUUCUCUUU